CCCGGGCCUCCUGCUCUGCCUAUAACGGGAGCACAGGCGCUCCUGGGCUCCACCGCGCCUUCGACUAACUCCAGCGCAUCGUCGUUGCUAGCUUGGGACCUCCGGCCUCACGUCAGCUGAAAUGGACCCCAACUGCUCCUGCCCCACAGGUGGCUCCUGCACCUGUGCCGGCUCCUGCAAAUGCAAAGAGUGCAGAUGCACCUCCUGCAAGAAGAGCUGCUGCCCCUGCUGCCCCGUGGGCUGUGCCAGGUGUGCCCAGGGCUGCAUCUGCAAAGGGGCAUCAGACAAGUGCAGCUGUUGUGCCUGAUGUCGUGGAGAGCCUGCUCCCGAUGGAAACAGAGCAAGAUGUACAAACCUGCCUUUUUUAUUUUUUUCAUACACCCCUGACUUGAUUGCUACAUUCCUUUUUCUAUGAAAUGUUUGAGUGGCAAUAAACUCAUUGAGACACCUCUG